AUGAGCUAUGCAGAUCUUCAACAAAAGGAUUUAGAGUUCACAGUGGGUGACUAUGUGUUCUUGAAAGUCUCCCCAAUGAAAGGAGUCACGAGGUUCAGGAAGAAAAGCAAGCUGGCACUUAGAUACAUAGGACCUUUUGAGGUCAUUGAUAGAGUUAGGGCAAUUGCCUAUCGAUUGGAGUUACUAACAAGCCUUUCUCAUGUUCACCUAGUAUUCCACAUCUCCAUGCUGAGGAAGUAUGUUCCUGAUCCUUCACAUGUGCUGCAACCAAAUAUAGUAGAGUUGAAUGAGAACCUGACCUUUAAGGAGCAGCCUAUAGCCAUAGUGGACUAUCAGAUGAGGCAGCUAACGUUAAAGCAGAUCCCUAUGGUUAAGGUCAGGAAAAUGUAUAGAGGUAGAAGAGCUAUCACAGCACCAGAAAGGGAAGUGCCAGAUGAAGUAUCAGCACAAGAUGAGGUGCCUGCCCUAAGGAGACAAGGCAGGAGACAAGGCAGGAGACCUAGAGCUGCUCAAAUAGAAGAGUAG